GUUCCCUGUAAAAGUGUCGCAGUGCAUGGCGGUACUUGCUAGGGAUUUUUGGGCCAGUACAGAAAAGUGUUAGUACGUGUGUGCUAUGGAGGAACUACAGGAGGAGGGGGAACAUGACCUCAUUAUGUCCGAACUCUCACACCCGGACAUCAAACAGGAGAUACAUGAUGCAGGAGAAGCUGUUAGCAUUAAAGUAUUAUGGAGUCAUGCAGAUAGUGAUUCACAGUUGGAGACCAUUGAGCUGAUGCCGGAGAGUAUUAAGGUUUAUAAGUCAUCCAGCACAGAUGAUGAACAAUCCCUGGGAGGCCAUGACAUGGAGGCUGGCGGAGAUCAGAUCUUAGGAGAGGAGGGAGACCUCUCUGUUCAACAUGAAAUAAAGGAAGAAAACGAUGGGAAUGGUCACAGUAUGUUGACAACCGGGGAGUUGUCAGACAGCCACAUCUUGCCAGUGGAAGGGAAUGAGCCGACCAUGCUUACUGAAGAAAAUGGAAGUAUUGCAGUGACGGCUAACCUGCCCAGUGACAUGGCUGGUGCAACUGACCAUGAUGUCAUACAGUUCUUGAUGCCAACAUCUACAGAUGAGGGUUCUGAAGCAGGUCAUGCUGGUGUCCAGCAAACAAUUAAUCUUAACCUGGAUUCUGUGGGGCUUGCUGGGAGCCAGGUGCUAGCUCAACCCACACAGACUGUACAGGCCAUUACUCUCGCUGACGGAAACACCGCCUUUAUACAGCACCCUUCUGGAGCUAAAUUCCUUGAGGGUCAAACAAUUACACUGGAGGAUGGAACUACAGCAGUUGUUCAGGCGGUUACUAGCCAGGUUCCAUCCUUGAACCUGCUGUCCUCCAUGGGCGCUCCUUCCAUGGGAUCUGGUGACCCUGUUUCAAACCCUGUUGUUUCCCAGCAUGGCUCUCUGGAGGACCCUGCUACCUCAUUCAUCAAUCAAGCAGUCAAAGAUGGUCUGCAGGCAAUUAUAUUGGAAGAUGGUACAACAGCAUACCUGGCGACCCAGCCUAGCCCACUGGGUGGUCUUGUUGAGGGGCGGAGCUUUGAACCGACCACCCUUACCCUUGACCAGCUCACUACACAGGUUUCUGCAGUCCAAGGGGUACUCUCAAAUGGCAUUCUUACUGUCGACCCCCUCAACAAUGAUAAUUCUCAGGUUGGCCAUGUGGCUACAGUGGGGGCCUUCCAGGAGACAGUAUCUAACACUGGAGAUGACAAGAAGCCUGGGCUCUCCACAACCAUUGUACAGAAUUUUGAUGGUGACAAGGUGAGCCAGCUGAUCCUGGAGAAAGGUUACCGCUGCAAGUUUGAGGGAUGUGGGCGAUACUACACUACCCUACAUCACCUAAGGGUACAUGAGAGGUCACACACAGGAGACCGACCGUUCAAGUGUGACUAUGAGCACUGUGGAAAGGCAUUUGCCACAGGAUACGGACUCAAGUCCCACAUGCGUGUUCACACAGGCGAGAAACCAUACAAGUGUCCACAGCAGAACUGUGACAAAGCAUUCAAAACAUCUGGCGAUCUACAAAAACAUGUUCGUACACACACUGGUGAAAGGCCAUUCAAAUGUCCGUUUGUUGGUUGUGAUCGGUCUUUUACAACCUCAAACAUCCGGAAAGUUCACAUUCGCACUCACACUGGUGAACGUCCUUACAUCUGUCCUGAGGAAGACUGUGGCAGAUCAUUUGCAUCGGCCACAAACUACAAAAACCAUGUGAGGAUACACACAGGUGAGAAGCCGUAUGUGUGUACAGUUCUUGGUUGCGGGAAGAGAUUCACAGAAUACUCGAGUUUGUACAAGCACCAUGUGGUCCACACACACUCAAAGCCAUACACAUGUGACCGGUGUGGCAAGACGUACCGCCAGACCUCCACACUUGCAAUGCACAAACGCACCGCUCAUGGGGAAAAUGUGACCGCUGAGAGCGAGGCCCUAUUAUUCCAACAACAACAACAACAGCAGCUACAGCAGCAGACAAAAAUGCAAGAAGAACAAAUGUUAGGUCCUGACAUAGAAUCUCUUGAACCUCUUGAGAAAAGACCUCGGCUCAACUUCAUCAACACACAUGAACAGACAGAUGAGGGGGAGGGUGCAUUGGUGAUAAACACGUCAGAACAACAACAGUUUGCGUUUGUUGGUGGUGACGGCGGGGUAGGAGUCCUGGCAAACCCCCUGACAGACCAUACCCUCCUUCAGCAAGGGGGCCUGGCAUUUACCCUGGGAGACAACACCCAGCAGGUGUAUGUCAUCACUGACCCCGCGCAGCUAGAGGCUUUACAGCAAAUAGCCAAGCACCAGCUGGACACGGAUGGAGAAGAUAAUCCCCUAUUGACCCCUGUGACCUCCUCAGUCCAAAUGCCCCUGGAUACGACAGGCAUGACCAUGGUUACAGAGAUUGACAUGGGCACGACCAGUCAGUCAGACAUUCCACCAUCUGCAAUCAUCAACUCAGCAGCACCGUCUGUGACUUGUAUAGACAAUAUAUGAGGAGAAAUAGCAAUUCAAGACAAUGUUUGUUUCUAUUGUGUGAAUGAGGAUUGAAAUUCAAAUCCUCACUACAAACACACACACACAUGAAAUAUAAUCAGCAUUAUGUAUGGAAAGAACUGUAGUACUGUGCCCUGACAGUUAAAUAUUAUCUGUUUUCAAGUGUUGUUUUCUGGCUGUGCUGAUUUAAGGCACAAUUCAUACUAUUGAAAUUGAUUUAUUCCGGGGAAUGAAUAAUCUCAAUAAAGUUAUAAAACACAACCAAUUGAAGCAGAAAUGUUGACAUGUGCAAAAGUCAGUAGUGAGGGUUGGUGAUUUACACAGUGAGCCAAAGGGCUCGAUUCUGUAUUAGUAUUUUACAUGACAAGAAGUAAAUCGAGGUAGCGCAAAUAUUUGGUGACGUCAUGAUGUACAGUUAUUUUAUUCAUACUUUGUAAGUAUCUGCCAUAAUUAACUGCACAUGAAGAAGUGAUGUUUUUUCUUCAAAUUAGAUGCACAUGCCAUCGUUCAUAAGAAUGUCAAAUGUAUGUUUUAACUAAACUGAAUGUUAGCAGAAUAUAAAUUUAAGUCAUACAAGUAUGUAACACACACAACAGAAGAUUGAUAGUGGUCUAUUAAUUAUAAAAUUAUAUCAAUUUUGCACAACUUUAACCUUGGCAAUAACUUUAAAAACAGUUCAAGAUAUGCACUUAAAACUUUGAAUCUUUUUGUGUUCACUGUUGCCAGUGACAUGAAAGAGGGAAUGAAAUAUGUUUCCAAAAUGUACAUGGAUCCUGUAUCCAUUCCUGGUCAUACUUUUGUUUUGAAAAGUCUUGGUACAUACAUGUUUGUUUAUUGUUCUACUAAAAAUACAGAUUGUAGAUUCAAAUAAAGGAAAAUUUACCUACAUUGGUUUAUC